AUGCAGAAGCUUGCGGUCGUUGCUUUGGCGCUGCUCGGUGCAGUGAUGGCCUACGAGCACCACGGAUUCGUCAGCGAGGUGAAGCACAUCCCGUACAAGUACUACGGUGGUGGUGGCGGUGCUGGUAUCGGAGGAGGCUUCGGUGGACAGGGCGGUGGCUUUGAGGGUGGUUUCGGAGGUGGCAUCGGCGGAGGCAUCGGCGGCGGCAUCGGCGGCGGCAUCGGUGGAUACGAAGGCAAGGACUUUUACGCCUAUCCGAAGUACAAGUUCGAGUACGGAGUGAAGGACUAU